AAGAGACUGAGAGAGAGACGGCACUACAAAAAUUCAAUCUCUCACAUAUUUCAGACAUUGCGACUCUCUCUACUGACUACUGUACUCUCUCUCUCUCUCUCUCUCUCUCUCUGUGGUAGGUAAAGGUAAACCAAGGGAAGGUGUGGUGAGCAAAGCACGAGCUCGAAGCUCGCUACUGUGUACUUAAACCUUGGCGGCGAAUUGAAUCGAAAUUAAGUACGUACAUCUUGAAGAUCGAUAUAUGGCGAACAUAGACAUAGAGGGAAUACUGAAGGAGCUGCCCAACGAUGGGCGUAUCCCGAAGACGAAGAUCGUGUGCACUUUGGGUCCUUCAUCUCGGUCGGUGGAGAUGUUGGAGAAGCUGCUGAGGGCUGGCAUGAAUGUUGCUCGCUUUAACUUCUCCCAUGGCACUCACGACUACCACCAGGAGACCCUCAACAAUCUCCGCACUGCCAUGCACAACACUCAGAUCCUCUGCGCCGUCAUGCUCGAUACCAAGGGACCUGAGAUUCGGACUGGAUUCCUCAAGGAUGGGAAGCCUAUUCAACUUAAAGAAGGCCAGGAAAUCACCAUUACUACUGACUAUAGCAUCAAGGGUGAUCCAGAGACCAUCUCCAUGAGCUACAAGAAGCUGGCCGUGGACUUGAAGCCUGGAAAUACCAUUUUAUGUGCGGACGGCACCAUUACCCUUACUGUGUUGUCUUGUGAUCCAGCGGCUGGUAUUGUGAGGUGCCGUUGUGAGAACACUGCAUUGCUGGGUGAGAGGAAAAAUGUCAAUCUUCCUGGUGUUGUGGUGGAUCUUCCCACACUGACAGAGAAGGACAAGGAAGAUAUUCUGGGAUGGGGUGUUCCCAACAACAUUGAUAUGAUUGCUCUUUCAUUUGUACGCAAGGGAUCAGAUCUUGUUAAUGUCCGUAAAGUUCUUGGACCCCAUGCCAAGAACAUACAGUUGAUGUCAAAGGUUGAGAACCAGGAGGGAGUUAUCAACUUUGAUGAGAUCCUGCGUGAGACCGACUCAUUCAUGGUUGCACGAGGCGAUCUUGGUAUGGAAAUCCCAGUUGAGAAAAUUUUUCUGGCACAAAAAAUGAUGAUAUAUAAGUGUAAUCUUGUGGGCAAGCCUGUUGUCACUGCCACUCAGAUGCUUGAAUCCAUGAUCAAGUCUCCACGGCCAACGCGUGCUGAAGCCACAGAUGUAGCUAAUGCUGUCCUUGAUGGCACUGAUUGUGUCAUGCUUAGUGGUGAGAGUGCAGCUGGGUCCUAUCCAGAACUCGCUGUGAAGAUCAUGGCUCGAAUAUGUAUUGAGGCAGAAUCGUCCCUUGACUAUGGGGCUAUCUUUAAGGAGAUGAUAAAGUCUACACCGCUUCCAAUGAGCCCAUUGGAGAGUCUUGCAUCCUCUGCUGUCCGAACAGCCAACAAGGCCAGAGCCAAACUCAUUGUUGUGUUGACUCGUGGUGGGAGCACCGCAAAAUUGGUAGCCAAGUACAGGCCAGCUGUUCCUAUCGUAUCUGUAGUUGUUCCAGUUUUGACCACGGACUCGUUUGAUUGGGACUGCAGUGAUGAGACUCCAGCAAGACAUAGCCUGAUCUACAGGGGUUUGAUUCCUCUAUUGGCUGAAGGAUCUGCAAAGGCCACCGAUUCUGAAUCCACUGAGGUGAUCCUGGAUGCUGCUCUAAAGUCGGCAACAAAGAGGAGACUGUGCAAGCCUGGUGAUGCUGUGGUGGCACUUCAUCGUAUUGGAGUCGCCUCUGUCAUUAAGAUUUGCGUAGUGAAGUAACGUUGAGGAUGCCCACAUUGCGUCCUAGGGGAAGACUUUGCUUUCUGGUUUCUUUUAUACUGCUAUGGUGUUUUAGCUGUCAAAGCACUGAACAAUCUAGUAUCUUCAUUUCCUUAUGUGAGAGGCUAUGGGGACACACAUCUAGUUCCUGUGUUGAGUUAAUGCUGUGUACUUUAUCAGCUAAUUUUUAUUAAUCGUGAUUGAUUUUCCCCUA